CAGCGACAGGACUAGGCCAUGGCACUCUUUCUCUGGCUAAUGGAGCGUCUCACAUUGAUCAUAUUGAAGCCGUGAACAGUUUGUGAUCGUGUGUGAACAAUCCAAAGUCCAGACAUGAACGGAUUCACAGAACUCUCCUCACCAUCCACACAGAUCAAUGGUCACAGCUCUCUGUCUCCAGAUGUUCCUGCCAAAAAGUCGAGUGCUAAAGCUCUGUACGGUACAGAUGGGGUGUAUUUCCUGCACACCUCUGCCAAACACAGAAAGAAAGAGCAAAGGAAAAACUACACCAAGAACAGCAUCAACAGUCUGACAGACACAACGCAGUACCAUGUGGAGCAUCUGACCACGUUUGUGAUGGACCGUAAAGAGGCCAUGUUGACCACUGAUGACGGCAUCAGAAAACUGCGUCUGCUGGAUGCCAAAGGGAAGGUUUGGACACAAGACAUGAUUCUACAGGUGGACGAGAAAGCUGUCAGCCUCAUCGAUAGUGAAACCAAGAAUGAGUUAGAGAACUUUCCUCUGGGUUCCAUCCAGCACUGUCAGGCCGUGAUGAACGCAUGCAGUUAUGACUCGAUACUCGCGCUGGUGUGUAAAGAAUCUGGACAGGGCAAACCGGACCUGCACCUGUUCCAGUGUGAUGAUAUCAAGGCCAAUCUAAUCCACGUGGACAUUGAGAGCGCCGUCAGCGAUCACAAAGGUGGGAAAGUGAAGAAACGUCCGGAGGCGCUCAAAAUGAUCCUGAAGAGUGAUGGCACUAUUCCUCCACCCCCAGGAGGCCCCGCCCCCCAGCCUCCAGCAGCUGUCAAUCAAGAGAACCUCAAGAGCCGAGUGGCCAGUUGGUCGGCCUGGACCAAUAAGCAUCCAGACCAUGAUAAACAGAGACAUCACACGGAGCUGGACGGGUUUCCAGAGAUGAGCGCUGCACAAGUGGACAGAGAUGUGCAAAUCCUGAAUCACCUUCUAGACGACAUCGAACACUUCGUCACUAAACUUCAGAAAGCUGCCGAGGCCUUUAGUGAACUCGACAAACGAAAGAAAUCUAAGAAGAGUAAAAAGAAAGGGCCAGGAGAGGGAGUUUUGACUCUCAGAGCAAAACCACCAUCUCAAGACGAGUUUGUCGACUGUUUCCAGAAAUUCAAACACUCCUUCAACCUGCUGGGAAAGUUGAAGAAUCACAUUCAGAAUCCGAGCGCUGUGGAUCUGGUUCACUUCCUGUUUAAUCCUCUCAGACUGGUGAUCCAGACGUCUGGUGGAGUUGAUCUGGCUAAAAGUGUGAUCGUUCCUCUACUCACCAGAGAAGCCAUCGACUUCCUGCAUGCUGCAGGUUCAGCAGACGAGAGACACCUGUGGGUCACACUGGGAGACGGAUGGACCAAGUGCAGGUUGGAAUGGCCGAAGGAUCACACGUUUCCUCCUCACGUGCUGCGUUUUCGGGAUGGCUGGGAGCCUCCGGUGCUGGUGUCUCAUGAACAGGAAGUGACGCAGCUAGCAGAGAGAUUGAUCCAGGCCGAGUUUCAGAGAUCAGGAAACAGACCGCCACAUGAUCAGUCGCAGGUGGUUGAUGAUUUCUCCUGCGCAGACGGGUACGGCUUCACACACACAUCACACAAGCAUUUGCACCUGCUGGAGCACGACACAGCCGUGGCGGCUUUUAAACACGCCGUCAGCCGUAAUGUAGAUAGAAAUUUGGACGCUCAUGGCAGAACGCAGCCCAGAAACUUUGCCAAAUCCAAAUAUGAUUUUGUGUCCAGAAACGCAACGGAGCUGUCAGUGUUGAAAGACGAGGUGGUGGAGGUGUUGGACGACAGGAAACAGUGGUGGAAGGUGCGGAAUGGUGCAGGCGUUGCAGGAUACGUGCCAAACAACAUCCUGGAGAUCAGCCGAGUGGUGGACGUGACGGGCCGCGGGGAGCCCAUAUACAGCCACACCAUACAGCUAAUGAUGCCAAAAAAGGAGUUUGAGUUGUUUAAGCAAUUACUGGGCGAGUUAAACGAGAAACAGCAUUCAGACUAUGUGCCCAAACCAGCAGUGACCCCUGCCCCUCUCACCCCGACACCUCCCCCUCCUCCUGCCCCGGGGCAGAUCCCCAACCCCCCUCUGCCCCCCUCGUCUGCCCCGCCGCCUCAGAGCAGUUCACCAGCGAACAACAGCGAACAAACAGCAAACAACAGCAGCAAGAAUGACAGCGUGACCAUGAGAGACCAUCAGAGAGAACGACCCGCGCCUGCCAACCGUCGUAAGUCUAAUAUGGAGGAAGUUCAAGAUGAGUUGUUGCACAGACUGACGUUGGGUCGCAGCGCACAGAAGAAGUUUCAGCCUCCUGCUCGCAGCACCAGUCUGCCGUCUGUGAACAUCACGUAUGACUCCACACCUGAUGAGGUGAAGACCUGGUUACAGCUCAAAGGAUUCAGUGCUGUGACCAUCAACAGUCUGGGCGUGCUGACGGGCGCUCAACUCUUCUCUCUGAAUAAAGACGAACUGAAGACGGUGUGUCCUGAUGACGGCGCUCGAGUCUACAGUCAGGUCACCGUUCAGAAAGCUGCUCUCGAGAGGACUUCCGGCUCGGAGCUGCAGGAGAUCAUGAGGAGGCGGCAGGAGAAACUGGCAUCAGUCGCAGGAGCAAGUGAUUCCGGCGUCGAGUCCUUCGAUGAGGGGAGCAACCACUGACCCCUCACUCACCUCUGUCACCUCUGACCUUUUGCAGGAUGCUGUGGAGCGCGCUCAGUUCGCAGCUAUAAUGCGCCGUCGACAGGAACUCCUGGACCCGUCUGAUAACGGAACCAGCUCGGAUGCGGACGAACACGCUUGACACAACUUGAAGAAGUUUGACUUUUCUACACUGAUAUUAUAGACGCAUGAAUGUCAAUAGUUCAUACAAGAACAUGACAGAAGUAUGUAGUUUAGUGUCAUCCGUUCUUCCUUUCAUAGUCAACAUCUGCGGACUGAUAUCCUGAAACCAUUCAGACGUAUCGACGGAUUCUAAUUUAAUACUUUAACAAGAUCUUGUCCAGUUUCAUAGCAAGAGAAGAACAUUAUAACGUCCGUGAAAUCAUCAAAAUCAUUGAUUAGAAUAUGACAGAAUCAUGUGUUGAUCAUUUAAUCACGUUCAUCCACAAGAGGGAUGUUUAUUUCUCUGGCUGGAUUUUGGAUUGAAAUGAUCAUUAUUUUCUCUAAUAUUUAUCAACCGCUCUGAAUGUUCGUGGAAGAUUAUGGAUAAGAGAGAUUAUCAAGCAUGUAUUAGCGUAAAAAAAUCAUAUUUAUUGACAUGAUUGUUUUAUACUUGAUUGUAAUGCCAAAAGAGAAGCUUUAUAAAUCUCACUACUGGAAAAGACGAAACAAGAGUUAGUUUGAGGCCGCACACGAUCUGCAUCGUUUCUGUUGAUCUGUUUCUGAAACUCGAGCAAACUUUGAACAAAAUUGUUAAUCGAGUUUUGACUAAUUUUGGGCCAAAAUCGUUUAGCAGUUUUGUCUUCCUGUAUCAGAAGAGCUUUCUCUCUCUCUCUCCAGCCUGUUAUAGUGAUGUCAUGAUGAUGUCAUGUUUAAUACAGUCACUCUCUCUGCUGUAAAUCAUAUACUUUCAAGAGAAUUCGUUUUUUUUGAAAAUCACAUUGAGCCCCAGAGCUGUGACUGAUGUGUAGCCAAAUAAUUCUAAAGGUUACAACAGACCGUUUCUAUAUGAACACAAAUGCCACGUCAUACUGUGAAUAUAAGUGUGUGUGCUGAAUAAAUGGAUUCACGUCA